AUGGAUCUUUUGCAAUCAGUCGAUCCGACAAACUCUGGUUUGGCAUCCACUGAUCCAUUCAGACCAUCCUUUUUCGAAUUGGCAGCACAAGAACAAUUGAGCGAUUUAUUGAAGCCUGCAUUACGAUAUACACUCUCUGUUUUAGCACAAAGGAAUCCAAGAUAUCUCUUACGAAUCGUGAAUCGAUUUGAUGAAGUGUAUGCGCUAUUAAUGUGGGCAGUAGAACGACAUUAUUUGAAAACGUGGGGAUCUUCAUUCGCUGAAAACUUUUACGGAUUACGAAGAAGAAGGAGACCGGGAAUUGCAACUCCAAGAGCGAAAACUGCAUCCUCUGCACGAUCAACGCAAAAAACCAUCGAAGCACUACGACCUAUCGAUCGAUAUGUCUCAUUGUUCACUUUGGUUGGCCUACCGUAUUUGCAGUCUAAAUUGCAUGAUCUAUGGGAAAGAGAAGGAGGAGGAGUAGACGAUGUAGUAGAGGGUGGUGGUGAUCUAAGAUUUACUGAUAUUGAUCAUGAGGGUGGUCUUUCUUCUCGGAUAAAAUUCCUACAAAGUUGGUUAAAAAUCUGCUUCCGCAAAGGAUAUCCAUAUGUGGGAGCCCUUUGGCAAUUAUGGCUUUUGGCAUACAACGUUCGUUAUUUGUUCGACAAGACUCCCUUUUGGCGACCUUGGUUCCGAUGGAUGCGAAUGGACGUACGAAGGGUUGGAAGUGAUGAUUAUCCGCCUUCUGCACCACUUCUGCCACCUAAUCUCCCAUCACCUUUUUCUGAUCCUCUUGGUUUCACUUUCGGAAUGAUUCGCUCUUCGCCUUUCAUCUUCUUUGAAGCACUCAAAUAUGCUCUUCCGGCUUCUAUCUUUUUCUUCAAAUUUUUAGAAUGGUGGUAUUCACCGGAAAAUGCAAGAAGACGUCAACGUAGAGGUGGAAAUUCUUCUGCUUCUGGAAAUGCAGUCUCUGGUGGCGAGCGGGAAGAAGGCGACGAGUUCAAUUUGGCUGCCCCUAAGAUCAUUCUACCUCAUAGCAAAGGCGUAAUUUACGACAAGGCUGAUGGUUUCAAAGAGAUUGCAAUAUCCAAAACGAGGCUUGGCUUAGGAUCUUUCGAUAAAGACGAAUCUGAACCAAUUAUUAAAAAAGGACUUUUACAUAACGGAUGUCCAAUUUGCGGAACAGCUCCGAUCAAUAAUCCUACCGCAUUUCCAACGGGUUACGUAUGUUGUUAUACAUGCUCAUAUUCAUACGUUGAACAACAUACAAGAUGUCCCGUCACCUUACAAUAUGUCGCUUCAACUGCCGAAUUACGUAGAGUUUUAGGCUGAUAUACCAUGAAGAUGAAUAUUAUCUGUAAUUUAUUUCCUUCCUUUGCAAACAAUUGUACUGAAUGCAAUCAUGACGGUCGUCAUAAC